AUGUAUAUCUGAAUACUAUCACUGUUUCAUGGCUUAUCUUUUUUAUAGCUAUUUUUAUUUCUUUGAUUCAGGACUUAUUAGUAUAAAUACAAGCAGUUGUGUAGACACAAAAUAGUCUUUAUAUCAUUCUUUUUACAUCGAAUAAACAAGUCUCAAACUAUACUUCUUUUUUGUUCUCUUUUUCUUUUUAUUUUUCUUUGUUUUAAUACAUACUAUCACAGGUUCUUCACAGUAUUGGCAUUAACUCUUCUGGGUUUUCGAACCUAUUAUCUAUACAAUUAUACAAACAAAUGGUGCGACCACAAAUGGAGUAUGACUUGGCUAUCUUAACUCUCACUGCUGCUCAGUACAAGCAAUCAGAAAAAAAAACACAAGAUGAUUGUCACAGAACCAUCUUCGGCAAAUCUCCUACUGCUUCGACUGAAGUUAUGCGUCAUCUUAGCCAUCUUCCCUCUAUGAAAGAGCGUAGCCACAUAUUGCGGAUUACACAAUCUAGUAAAAAAAAAAAAAAAAAAAAAAAAAAAAAAAAAAAAAAAAAAAAACACACAGCAUCCAUUGCCUGCGCAUCCAUCCUCAAUUACAUAUAUCGCAAGACGUGGAUGACCCCAUCCCGUGUCUUCUCAAUCAGCUUCCCUCUCGAACGCCCAAGUCACUUCAUACACAAGCCUACUGGCGAAUACAUUGGAUUGCCAUCCAAAGAUUCCUCUAUAAAAUUGACAUAA